AUUCUGUCUUCCCUGUUGGAGCCCGUGUGUCCGGGGCCUGUGGUUGUCCGGCCGGUAAAAAGGUUAUCCUAUUGCCAAGCAUUCUCAAACAGGCAAGGAUCGGAGCCACGAGGAAAACGAGUUAGGCUUGGGAGGAGCAUGCGAAGAUCAACCACUAAGGUCGAUCAGCGGCCAUCGCGCUGUUGGAGUGGGAACGGACGGUGAUUUCAUUUGGGGGUCAGAAGAAGGUUAAGUAGGAGAAUGAUGGAUCCCAAACCGUUCCAACUGAAGUUGUUUUUUCCUGCUCGAUUUUGCCUGGAGUUCCCGCCCCACCCAGGAUGCCUCAGGUUUGUCCGGAGUAGAAGAAGUUCAUUUUAACUUCAACUUCCAACUUCUUUCUUGCUUCGUCAUCCCAUCUGCAUGGACAUGACUCUGUCUGUCAGCUUCUGCCCUCACCCUCGUCUCUGAUUGUCUGCUGUGCGCCUGCAUCUCAUCUGUCUGUCCUUUCCGCACCGCUACUUCUGUCCGUUUUGCCCCCUUCGCGGCUCCUUCUGUGACACCUCCGCCGGUCGAACCCACACAGGACUCUCGACCGCAACUCUGCUCCUCCUUCAUGUCUCUACCCCACAGGUUUCUUCAUUCCAUCUCCUCGCCGCCUCAUGGAGAUCCACAGCGUCGUCUGCCCACCCUCCUCCGCUCCGCAACCUCAACUAUCCGCCACCACCCACCCUCCGGAGAAACGAAAACGAGUGCGCCGCUGGCAUCACCGGGGUUUCACAGGCUGUUCGACAUGUCGUCGCCGUCAUGUGCGCUGUGACGAGGCCUCCCCCUCGUGUAAGAAUUGCACGCGGUUAGGGUUGGAAUGCGAUGGCACCCAGGGUCGAAUGACGUUUAAGGUCUACGGGCCCCCGCCACCGCCAUCGGAAUCGUCGUCGGCCCCGAAGAAGCGGGAUAGGAGAUCGAUCUCGGGCACGCUGGAUGUGUCUAGCGCAGAUGGAAAAUCAAUCAAGCGGGAACAAGAUACGGACGAGGAAUCAUUGGAUGGAGUGAUUGUGUCGCCAACGACGGUGUCCGAGUCGAGGCCGGUCGAGUACCGCUUCCAAGAGCCUAUGGGUCUCGCGGGGUUCGAGGCUUCGUCAUUGCAAUGCAUCGAUGGUCGAUAUUACACGCAUUUCAUUGACCAGGUUGCGACGUUGCUCUUGAUCUACGAUAAUUCCAGCAAUAUCAACCCUUUCCGCCGGAAUUUCCCCGACAUGGCUCACGCCUCACACUCUGUGGCCAGCGCCAUGCAGGCGCUGGGGGCUCUCCACCUGGCCAAUACCUCCAGCGGACAACAACGAAAUACGCACUUUCAGCAUGCGAUGGGCAAGUACGGGGAGGUAGUCAAAUCGUUCCGGCAGAAGUAUAUCCAACCGGAGCAGAACGUGCAGUUGAGCGAUUUCGCCACCUGCUUGUUACUGUCCCUCUUUGAGAUGAUGGAUUCGCAAAAUCACAAUUGGGCGAUCCAUUUGAAAGGCGCCCGCGAAAUCUACCGCAUCCUCUUCCUCCCGAACGGCGAUCCCGCCAAAGAAGCCGAACGCCUCGCCGAAACCAACCAUCCCCUCCGAAAUUUCCUCGUUUCCCUCCUUUCCUACCUAGAUGUGGCGGGCGCAUGCGCGACAAGUGACGGGACCGUGGUAGAGGGCAGCUAUUGGCGGACGCACGGCGGUGGCUGGGAAUAUAACCUGGGGACGCCCAGCUUGUCAUCCGACUCGGCGGACAGUCCUCUGUUGAUCGAACUGCGACAAGGCUGGUCAGUCAUGAUGGAGAUCCAGGCGUCCAUCAGCGCAUUCGGCAAGACGAAACAGCAAGGAAUCGUAUCGCACGCGCAGCAAGACAUGAUUUUCAACGAGAUCCUAGGCCGCCUAGUCGAGUGGCGCAAAGCCGCCCCCGAUCCAUUCCAGAAACUCGGCAGUCUAGACGCUGAAAGCCUGCGGCUAUUCCCGUACCCGGAAAUACUGGAGUACACCGGCUGCAUCGAGGCGUACGAACAGGCCACCAACAUUUUCCUGUACAAGGUGGCCGCCGCUGAUCGUCCAGACUAUCAGACGCCGCGCGCGCUCAUGGACGUGCUCGCGUCCCGGAUCCUCGCUCUGAUAGGCACGCUGGCCAAAGACGUCGGCCAGCUGGCCGUCUUGUGGCCGCUCUUCACGGCGGGUAGGGAAACGCGAGACGAGGGAGAGCAGAAAUACGUACGACAAACGAUGAUCGAGCUGCAGCGGUUUGGGUUCAAGAAUGUCGAAAAGGGCCUAGAAGAACUAGAGCACGCGUGGUUCAAGCAGCGCAGCUUCCCAGAAGGAUGGGUCGACCGAAUGGACGACGUGCGAUCCUCGAUUCUCCUACCUUGAUCGUCUCUUUUCUUUCCCUUUUUCUCGUUUAUAGCAGUGGUGCUGGGUUCUCACCACCUACUACUUCUCCUCUCCAUAUACCUAUACCCUUUCCCCUCCUCUCUCUUUACCACCCUCCUGUGAAUACAUCCAGCGGACCGGCCGCAUAUACCGAGUCCUAAUUCCAUGCCACGACGACAUACAUGGCCCCCGGCCAUUGGGCAGUCCCAGUUAUAAUCAAUAGGACAGGCUCCUAUACACCGAAAGACUGGUGUUUUC